AGUUAGUUACUGAAAACAAUGAAGUCUGGAGCUGUUUCCUAUGCGGUGUCUCAGUUCGAAUUAUACGCUUAAAGAGAAGAGACCGAAGCUCCAUUAUAAGAGGGCAGGAGAUGGGCAAAUCGAUGAAAGUGUCUUGGGUGAUGGAUUACCACAGAGUUGUUAUUUUAGGUGCUGCUGAAGUGGGAAAAUCAUCGCUGGUGCUGCGCUUCGUCAAGGGCCAGUUUCACGAGUACUUGGAUAACACGAUAGGUGCUGCGUUUUUCACACAAACCAUUUGCAUAAAGGAUACGGUGGUCAAGUUAGAGAUCUGGGAUACAGCCGGUCAGGAGCGGUAUCACAGCUUAGCUCCCAUGUUUUAUAGAGGUGCGCAGGCCGCCAUCGUUGUCUACGAUAUACAGAAUCAGAACAGUUUUCAGUGUGCAAAAACUUGGGUCAAAGAAUUACGUAAACAAGACUUACCGAACAUUGUCAUUGCGUUGGCUGGCAAUAAGGCGGACUUGUCCAACAUUCGCGUUGUUGAGUUCGACGAGGCGAAGCAAUACGCAGAGGAGAACGGAUUGUUGUUCAUGGAGACGUCCGCGAAGACGGGCAUGAAUGUCAAUGAUAUCUUCUUGGCAAUUGCCAAGAAACUACCGAAGAACGACAACAAUCAGGGAUCUGUUAUAAAACCAAAUGGAAAUGAGCCGACUCAAACGACGAACAACUGUUGCAAGUGAUGUUGCAAUUUCCAACGAGAGAUUUGAAAAG